AUAGGGACUCCUCUUGGGGGAGCGCCUACGCCUGGACUCCCUCAGGCGCCCCAAGAUCCGUUGGCACCACAGUUCGGGCAGAUGAAUUUGGGUCCUCAGCCUGCAGGUGUGCAACCGCAAGCUCCCCAGAUGCAAGCCCCACCACAACAGUUAAACCAGCUGUAUCCCACGGAUCUGGUUAGCCAGCCUUUCAAUGUGCUGGAGCUCGACUUGCCGCCCCCACAGAUCAAUCUUCCGCCAAAUACAAGCGCAACACCUUCGCCUUACGCAAACUGCCCCCCGAAAUACGUCCGAUCGACGCUCAACUGCGUCCCUACCACACACUCGUUGCUGAAGAAGUCUCGUCUUCCAUUCGCUCUUGUAAUCCAGCCAUAUUCCUCUUUGCAUGAUGCGGAGGAUCCUGUACCCGUUGUUCCAGACCAGGUCAUCUCGCGAUGUCGCAGAUGCCGAGCAUACAUCAACCCAUUCGUCACAUUCCUGGACCAUGGACAUAGGUGGAGAUGUAACAUGUGUAAUCUCACAAACGAUGUACCGCAGGCUUUCGACUGGGACUCAGCAGCCCAGAAGAGCGUGGACAGAUGGCAGAGACCGGAGCUCAACUACGCUGUGUGCGAAUUUGUGGCUCCGCAGGAGUAUAUGGUGCGACCACCGCAACCCCUGGUCUACUUAUUCCUCUUCGACGUUAGCUACGCUGCGGUCACGAAUGGGCUUCUUGCUACCAGCGCACGUUGCAUCUUGGAGAGUCUGGAUAGGAUACCAAACGCGGACCGAAGAACACGGAUAGGUUUCAUGGCAGUAGACUCCAGUCUACAUUACUUCUCCAUUCCCCGAGAUGGAAGCGAGAGUAACGAGCCGGGUAUGCUUGUCGUCAGUGACCUUGACGAGCCAUUCCUCCCAACCCCGCAGGAUCUCCUGGUCAAUCUUUCGGAAUGCCGAGCAAACGUAGAGACCUUCCUAGAGAAGCUUCAAUCGAUGUUCCAGGAUACGCCAAACACAGGAUCGGCAAUGGGCUCCGCGUUGCGAGCAGGGCAUAAGCUCAUAUCCCCUGUGGGUGGCAAGAUCACAGUCCUCAGUGCGUCACUGCCAAACAUUGGUUACGGAAAGCUUGAGAUGCGAGAGGACAAGAAAAUGCUUGGAACUAGCAAAGAAGGCAGUCUUCUACAAACCGCCAACAGCUUUUACAAGAGUUUCGCUGUCGAGUGCUCAAAGAACCAGGUUUCAAUCGACAUGUUCCUCUUCUCUUCUCAGUACCAAGACGUGGCAACGCUCAGCAAUCUGCCACGAUACACUGGUGGACAGACUUACUUUUAUCCCGGCUGGAAUGCUGCUAGGAGCGAGGACGCCAUCAAGUUUGCUAGGGAGUUCAGCGAUUACCUAUCUGCCGAGAUUGGAUUAGAAGCAGUGCUCCGUGUCCGAGCAACGACUGGUCUCCGGAUGAGCACCUUUUACGGCAACUUCUUCAACAGGAGUUCCGAUCUUUGCGCUUUCCCUGCUUUCCCUCGUGAUCAAGCCUACGUCGUUGAGGUUGCAAUUGAUGAGACUAUCACGAAACCGUACGUCUGCAUGCAAGCGGCGGUGCUUCACACCACUUGUAACGGGGAGAGGCGGAUAAGAGUAUUGACAUUGGCAUUGCCCACGACGGAGACAUUGGCGAACAUCUAUGCAUCGGCGGAUCAGGCAGCUAUCACGGUCUACUUCAGCCACAAAGCCGUGGAGAGAGCUUUGGGAAGCGGACUCGAUGCCGCUCGCGAAGCACUGCAGUCCAAGAUCAUCGAAAUCUUGCAGACGUACAGGAAGGAGCUAGCAGGUGGCAACAUGGGAGGUGGAGGCCUUCAAUUGCCCCAUAACCUAAGAGGGUUGCCCGUCCUGUUCCUAGGUUUGAUCAAAAACGUCGGCCUCCGGAAAUCAGCACAAAUCCCAUCCGAUCUCCGCGCUGCGGCUCUGUGUCUCCUGUCAACUCUGCCCUUACCGUUGAUGAUCCAAUACAUGUACCCGAAGCUGUAUUCACUCCACGAUAUGCCCGACGAAGCCGGUGUCCCAGAUCCGCAGACUGGCGAAAUCCUUCUCCCAGCCCCUUGCAACCUCUCAUCCGAGCGCAUCGUGCCAUACGGCCUCUACCUCAUUGAUGACGGCGUAAAUCAAUUUGUCUGGGUGGGACGAGACGCGGUGCCCGCUCUUCUCCUCGAUGUCUUCGGCAUCGAAGAUCGGGCGGCCAUUAAGCAGGGAAAGACCACACUGCCAGCGCUAGACAAUGAGUUUAAUGAACGGGUGAGGGCUGUCGUUGAAAAGAGUAAGGACCAUCGCGCGAAGGGUGUUGGAAGUAUCAUCGUCCCAACGCUAUACGUCAUCAAGGAGGAUGGUGAUCCAAGCUUGAAGCUCUGGGCACAGACAUUGCUGGUCGAGGACCGGGCGGAUCAGGGAGUUAGUUUGCAACAGUGGAUGGGGAUGCUGCGGGAGAAGGUUGUGCAAUAAAUGGCUCUUUUAUGGAUGCGAUCAACCACGUAAGGUAAGGGUGGGCAUGGUAGGGAAAAGGCAUCUUUGCCCAUGAGUUGACGGAUCGGUGGCUCCGAUGGCUGUUGCGGAGAGUUUGUCGGAACG